AUGAGUCCACGCCCGCGCCAGAAAACAGUUCUCGUAACAGGCUGUUCGCCAGGCGGUAUCGGCCACGAACUGUGUCAGGAGUUCCGAAAACAAGGACUCCAUGUUAUUGCGACCGCCCGCAGGGAAGAUGUAAUCGCCGAGCUAGUUGCCGAGGGUUUUGACGCGCUCAAGUUGGACGUGACAAGCGAGGAGAGCAUAGCUGCCUGUCGCAAGCAAGUCCAAAAUAUAACAGGAGGUAGGCUGGAUAUUCUGGUAAACAAUGCUGGACAGAUUCACAUCUCUCCUGCAACCGAUUUGUCCAUUCCAGAUGUCCGCGCCACCUUCGAGACAAAUGUGUUCGGGGUCAUGGCCAUGAUCAAGGCCUUUGUAGACCAGCUCAUCGCGGCUCAGGGCCUGAUCAUCAACAUCUCCUCCUGCGCAGCUGUGGCGCCGUACACGUUCGCGUCAUCUUAUUGUGCCAGCAAGGGUGCCAUCAUGAGCUACAGCCGCACGCUCCGACAGGAGCUGCGGCCGUUCGGGGUCCGCGUCAUGGUUUCCGUGGCGGGCACCGUCAAGUCUACCAUUGCCGAGAAGCCGCAGCCCAGGCUUGCGCCAGGUUCGCUGUAUGAGAGGAUGGGCGAUCUGUACACGCGAUACAUACAUUUGAGCCAGGAAGACGGGGCGGCAGAUACUGGUCUAUUUGCGAAGGAGCUCGUCGUUAAUGCUCUGAAGCCCGAGGGCGGGCUUUUCGGGCGACCGGACUGGUUGUGGUGCGGUGGUAUGUCGAGAAAGGUGUGGUGGGUGUUGAAACUUUUCGGAGAAUGGGCCGUCGAUUGGCGGACAUGGCAAAUGUUUGGUCUGUCCCAGUUGCAGAAAAUGGUCGAGGAUGAGAGAGCUGCGAAUGAUCCAAAGAAAAAAUGA